UACGAGGAGAACUUUUACCAAGAAAUUAAAUUAAGGGUUCCCCAGCCCAUGGAUGGAUGGGUGGUGGUGAUUGGCAGUUGCAGUGAUAUCAUGAUAAAGAGAAAUGUGUGUUGAUAUCCCCAUUGUUUGGCCUGCCUGAGACGUACCUCCAUACGUCCAAAGGUAAGAGGGAGAUGAGAUGAAAGGCGAAAAAUAAAUGACAUUUGCUACGUUUCGCAGCUCAUUACGAGAUUGAGAGUUGGAGAGUGAAGAAGAAGAAGGUGUGAGGGGCUGAUGCGAUUUUAAAAAGUGGCCACAUUUCUGUACAGCAAGUGCCUAAUCGACUAACUUUACUCAGUCAGUGAGCCAGUGAUGAUGAAGGUCGUUAAUGUACCUGAACAUUGUGCAGUGUGAGAUUUUGUGGAAAUAAAAAAUUGGAAUCUUUAGAAUGAGUGAAUAAAUAAAAUAAAAUAAUGAUCAGCAGUAUUUCAAAGUACGAGAGAAAUUGUUAAAGUGAAAAUCAGUGAAUUUUUGAAGAAUUGUAAACUAAGAUGAGAAACGGUAGUGAAAGUUUUUGUCAUGCUGGAUUGUGCACAUGGACAAUGGCAAGAUUUGUGAUGGAGAAGCAUGGGAAAUUCAGGACUUUUAAGAGCAGAAAAACUGGCUCAUGCUCUCCUAAAGUGCUCGUAACAGCCAUAAUCCUGGUCACCUUUAUGGUCACGGAUGUAUUUGGGUAUUACAUGUUUCCAGAAAAUAGUGCAGAAUGCGGAAAAAGCAUAUUUUACACACAUCGCGAAGCCAGAGCAAGACUGAUCGAUCCUUCGCCACGAAACGAAGGGAGGCGUCGAGGGAGGGAGCUAUUUCGCAUGGUCACCAACGACACUACGGCAGGUCACAGGGGGGCCAGUCGCAGUCGAAGCCGCAGCAAUCGCGUCAACUCCAGAGUAAUGAAAUGGGCAUUGAACAACAAUGUCUCCAGUGAUGGCAAUGGACCCCUCGGAAGGAUUGUGGGGGGUCAGGUUUCUGCCCCGUAUGCGUGGCCAUGGCAGAUUUCGUUACAAUUAAGCCAUCCAACUCUUGGGUUCAUGGGUCACUGGUGUGGAGGAGUCUUAAUAGGAAGAGAAUGGGCACUGACAGCCUCUCAUUGUUUGGAAAACAAACAAUUUCGACUUGGUCAGGGCACCACGUGGUACGUCCUCGCUGGCGAAUAUGACCGCACGAAGACGGAGGGGACUGAAAAAAUGAUUGGCAUUUCCAGAAUAUUUAUUCAUGAGCGAUUCAAGGAAUUUGACAACGACAUUGCACUAUUGAAACUAUCAAGACCGAUCGAUUGGACGCCUACAAUUGCUCCCGUUUGUCUUCCGAAUGACGAUGAAGCAACACUACAGACGCUUCAAGGCGAAAUUAAAUGCGUUUCGAGUGGGUUUGGGUCACAAUCCAUCAAAGGCAAAUUAUCCUCGAAGAUGCAGCAGGUAUGGGUGAACCUUACGCCACAGGAAAAGUGUAGUCAAAUGUACCGAAAAGCAUAUAACAUUGGAAUCCGGAAUUUCCACAUUUGCGCCGGACCAGUCGAUGAAAAGACGGUCAAAGGAACGUGCGUUGGAGACAGUGGGGGUCCCCUAAUGUGCAAUAUGAAAGAUGGUCGAUGGCAUUUGGUUGGCGUGACGAGUUUCGGAUCCGGAUGUGCCAGAGCUGGAUAUCCAGAUGUAUUUUCUCGAAUCACGUACUACUUACCUUGGAUUCGAGGGAAGAUAAAGAGAUAUGGGACACCAUUUCUAGACGUUUAAAUUUAUGCCUUUUUUUACCUUUCCUGUAAAUGAUACAUAUAUAUUUUUGAUUCCUGUAUUUAUAGCAUUUACAUAUAUACCAAGCGGUUUUUUGUAUGUUACCCGUCAUUCAUUCCUUUCUACUUUAAUGAUAAUCGUACUUCAUUUUCAUUUGAAGUUCAUUCUAAUCAUGCCAAAUUAGUCGAAUCGAGUAGCCUACUCCGUAUAAAUAUUUAUAUUUUCCAAAACAUGUAGACUAAAUAUUUUUAUAUGGAUCUUCUAAAUUAUCGUCUGUACAAAUUUCUAUGAGUAUAAAAAUAGUCAAGAAUCUAACUAUAAGUGUUAAAUAUUUUGUUAUAAAUACUUCGUAGUAAGUAUUUUGGUUAAUUUUGUGAAAUAACUGAUGAUGAAAUAAUUACAUUUUUUGACCCAA